CAAAAAAGUAAACAAAAAACAAACUGAAAGUAGAAAUAUGUUUACAUUUUUUAACAAACAUUAUGGAAAUAAUUAGUGAUAUUAAGCUCAUUACUGGUAUAGAUACAUGUUCAUCAACUUUUCAAUCUAUAUGAGUAGAGUCAAAUCAUGAAGGAUUGGAGAGUCAUUAUAGUUAAACCAUGAGCCUGCGCAAGCGUUUACGAGCAAAGAUACAUGGCCAUCUACAUCAAGAUAACAAAAAGGACAUAAAACCAUUACCGGGCUUGGAUGAUCAGUUUUAUGACGUAAGUAGCGAAGGGUUAGGAGCCAUGGAUGACAGUGAAGACUCUGACACAGCCAGCGCCAAGAAGACUGUUGGCGGCAAAGUUGGUGCAAAAUCAUGUUUUUCUAGUGUCCGGGAACGACAGGCAUAUGAAGACCACCUGACACAGAUUCAGGAUCAGCUUGUGUCUGCUAUGAUUGAAAAUCAAUCACUGGCGGAACAGCUAUCCCAGUACAGAAGUGGCGCUGAGAGUCCCAUUAUGAUUAAACAACUUGAGACCCUCAAGAAAAGAAACAAAGAGCUUGAAAAAAUACUGAAGCUCAGGGAUUCUGUCACAUGGAGGGGAAUGCCAGACAGAUCCGCUGUAAGCCCUGAGGUCAGGUUGAGACGCCAGGUGCCUGAUACCACAACGCAGAAGGGUCAGCAAGAGUUGCGGAAUAAUAAUAAUGCUCCAGGCCAGCGGGAGUCACAGGAGUUACCCAUUGGUCAGAAACGAUCGCGUAUAGACCGUGUGUGGGAAUGGGUAAUAAACACCCUGUACAAUACAGCAGAAGAUUUCAGCGAGCUCACAAGGCCAGUGGUAGAACAGCCUAAGCCGGUACAGCCUCUCACCAUGAAAACCUUGAAAGAAAAUGUGAGAAGAUUCAAGGUUGCAGCCAAACCAUACAUGGACACAGUGAAGGGCAUACAGACCCUCAUGUUGUGGAAGUCGAGGUCUUAUACGUUUCUUGUUCUGUGUUUGUUGCUGUAUGUCUGCUGGCGUGGAUGGCUGUUGCCACUCUUGUUUUUCCUCGGGGUGUUUAGAAUGAUCAUCAACUACUUCCAAAAUAGAGGAUUUAACAUCAAUUUUGCUUACUUCCCGGUUACUGAAGAUGAAAAGGUUGAAGAUACAUUGGGAAUGUCGGAGAAAUUCAACCUGGUUAUAGAAGUUGCCACAAAAGUGCAGAAUGGCCUCGGGGCAGUUGCUGAUGGUCUUGAAAAGAUGAAGAAUCUGUUCACAUGGCGACACCAUGAGGGGGCGAGGAAAUUACUCAGUAUGUUGAUAAUGGGGUUUGUGAUGACAAUGUUUCUCCCUUCAACUAUACUAUGGAGAGUAGUAGGUGUUGGCAUGGUGGUGAAGCUGUUUAUAGUGAACAAGGUGUACAAUAUGUAUCCACGGAUACAGCGACGUUAUGACUCCAACCUACGCUUGUGGGAACAGUUACCUACAAACAGACAGUAUGACAGACAGCUGACGAGAGAGGAGAUGGACAAGUACAUCGUAGUCCAUUCAGAAUCCAGAUGUGAAGAAGAGACCUCUGUUUUGUCUGAUGAUUCUGAUGGCACCAGCAGUUCAAGCGAAGACAGCGAUGAUGAACAGUUCCGGGAGCUAUUUUCACUUCCUGUUUCUGAGAGUCCAAUCAAAGGCUGGUCACAUGGCAGGCGUACGGUUUUGGUUGGCAAGGAGCGAUGGAUAGUGACACUUCUUUCAAAAAAGAUGGGGAAACUUUACAUGACUAAAAGUUUCCUGUGUUUUGCGAGGGAGAAGUCACCUUCAGUGCGAAACAUUGUCAUACCCCUGCGGGAUAUUGUUUCUGUGGACAAGAUAAAGAUCAACCAGAGACUCCCGGGCCGAGGUAUGACGAUCCAGGUCGUCAUGAGGACAGACGGGAAAGACAAUGUUCUUCACUUUGGAGGUAUAAUUGGACGUGACGAGGUUGUCAAGGCGAUAGAGCAGGGCAUGGUUGCAGCCAAGCUGAACAAGCGAACGAGCGAUGGCUUUAGUCGCCGGUCCAUGUCAGCUGGUAGUUCAACAAGUUCACAGAACCUUAUACAAAACUUCACGUUUGGUGCCUACUAUGAAGACUCAGAAUGAAGAUAACAAGUAAUAGUGGCGCUGGUAAUUUCUCAAUGGGCUGUACACAUCAGCUGUUAGCUCAUCUAGUUCACAGAACCUUAUACAAAACUUAAAGUUUGGUGCUUACUAUGAAGACUCGGAAUGAAGCAAUCAAAAUAUUUUGUGACUAUUAAUUUCUCAAUUGGCUGUACAUAAUAGCGGUUAGCUCAUCUAGUUCACAGAGCCUAGUACAGAACUUUAUAUUCUGUGCUUAUUUUGGAGAUUCAGAAUAAAUGUGCCAGUAGUCAAGAGGUCAACAGCUCUGUGAGUGACUUAUGCCAAGAACUAGAUAAUCCACCUCACAUAAUUUGAUAUAGAAAAACUGACAUUGAGAACUUAAAUGAAGACUUAGAAAUGAAGAUUUGUGAUGUGGUGUCGUUGUGAAGUAUGUCUCCAUGUUUUGUGGUUGCUAUGACAACUCUGAAUGAAGAAAUAUCACAAAGUGGCUGUCAUGUUAUUGUUUUUCUUUUUGAAGGGAUUUUUUUUACAGGAGAUUUUACUUGUACAAAAAAAUUACAUCAUAUUUAUUUCUAAAACACCAUGUUUUUUUCAAUACAAAUUCACUUCUUUCCGACAAAGAGUGAUCAUUCAAUGUAUUUUCCAUUUUGAUGAGAGAAUCUACUUCAUUAUUUCUGACACAAAGCAGCAUUUCACACCACACAAAUGUUGUUUAAAUUGUAAUUGAUGUUAUUUUGCGUGGUAAAUAAGUUUAUGUUAAAUUAUAGUGUAUACAAUUUAAUUGAAACAGGUGCGAUUUGAAGCAUCUUGUGUGAUUUGAUCAAUAACGAUUUUUUUUAACUGAAAAGAUGUUGCAAAAUAUAUUUUCUGAACUUCAGCUGAAUAAUGAAAUACAUUUUCAUAGUUGAAGUUUACAUGAAUUGUUACUAUUUAAGAAGUUUUCCUCAGGUUGUGACAUUGUCUAGGUUUGUAAUAUUGUACAGCAACAGUUUUUUUAAACCUAUCCAUUUGUUAUUGUUAUUGUUAUUGGAAGAUUGUAAUAUUUUGUAUGAAUUACAGUGUUAUUUUGUAUAGUUUUAUGUUUUAGUCAGACUGGUAUAUUUUGUAGGCUCAAUUUUAGCUGUUUUUUAUGUAACCAAAUAUAAAUAUAUAUAGAGAGAUUUUCUGAAAAUUGGCAAAACAUAUCAAAGUGGUAAGAAAAAUAAAAUGAUAGAAAAGAAAAUUGCUAGUAUUUCCAUGAGAGCAAGAUGGUCUAGGUCAGCUACCAUGGACCAUAUCCAUUUCACCAUGAUAGAGAGAUAGUCUUGUAGGGCUGUAUGUAACAUAUAACAAAUACUGCUAUUUAGGCGGAAUUUGUCAACAUUGUACCAAAAAUUGUCAACAUUUGAAUGUUUAAUGUCAGUACAAAAUGUUUGUUAGUUAUAAAGGCCCAACCCUCAUCAUUUUCACUAAAUAUUUGUCACAUUACUAUUUCAUGAAAACUUUUACAGAUGUUUACAAUGCAGAGACUGGAUAUUUUUAGUGCUACAUGGGAAAUUUAUGAUCUCUUGAGUAUGCAGGGUGGAAUUUGUUUUAUUCUGUUCUGUUGUUUUGUGAUCAGUCAUAACCCAGUCUUAAAAAAAGCAAUUCCACAAAAACCUACCUACCGACCUUUUGACCUACUGACCCAUUAAAAAAGUCUUGGGUGGUCCUCAGCAAAGCUUAAAAUCUUUUAAGGAUGGAUUAAUAGUACUCACUUAGUCAGUAUACCAGCAUAUACAGUCAUGUUAAGUACUUUAAGUAAAAUCUGUCAUUAAGUUUGUCAUCGAGUAAUUUUCCCAUGCAGUGUUGCAUAGAGAGCUAGUUGCUGAUGCAUUCACAAAAAGUCUACUGUUCAAGUUCAAUUCAUGCAGAAAAUUUUUUGAAGAUAUAUUAUACAAGUAUAUUAUAUCUUCCAUAAAUGUGUCCCUUAAAUGUACAUAUAAAGUCGAUCGGUGUGUAAUUAGUGUAAUUUAAUCAAAAAUCCAGUUUUAUGACGUCAGCUGUCCAUAUCAUAUUUUUGGCCGGUCCAGACCUCGCCAAAAAUUAUAUGGACAACUGACAUAUACAUGGUGAGUACGACUUGCGAUUUUCACAACGGCGAACAAUUAUCGCUAUUAAACACAUCAAAAGCACGUUCAAAAUAUUGAAUGUUAAUAAAAAAUGUUCGGUAUAAUAUAACGAACAUAACACAUGACUUUGGGCCAUAUGGCAUUAUAAGGACCGGCUAGUCAGCCCCCGAAGGUGAUUAUGGACCUCGGCUAACGUCUCGGUCCAUAUACACCUUCGGUGGCUGACUGGCCGGUCCUUAUAAUGCUAAAUGACUCUCAGUUGUGUGUUAUAUUUCUUAAUUAGGGUUCAAGCUCAUGUCUCUGCCAAUGUGUUUGAAGGAGAGAUUCACAAUUUAACAGUUAGAAGACCUCUGAAAAUCCAUUAAGCAGAUCACAACUACCAAAGAUCCAUUUUGUAAUGAAAAAAAAACACAUACAAAAUUCCUUUAAGCCAUGAAUUCAUAAUUGGUUUUAUUGAAUGGUAUAUUUAGAAGCUUGCACAUUCACUGCUGUAAGUAUAGAGGCAUUUGAUAACCGUUCUGUGCUGAACACUAAGCUUUUUAUUUUUGGUUUUCUUAACGAUAAGUCGGAGUUUUACAAUGCACUGAAAAUAAACAAAAACCUUUGAAUGAAAUAAGGGAUGGAUGGUCUUUAGUCCAAUGAAAAUGGUUGAGUUGUUGUUGUUUUUUUAUGAUUAUUUUAUAACUUGAUACAUAUUUUUAGCUCGACUAUUCGAAGAAUAUGGAGGGCUAUACUACUCACCCAAGCGUCGGCUUCAGCGCCACACCUUGGUUAAGGUUUUGCAUGCAAGCACACAUAGGUUAAAAUCUCAGCAACUACAUGAGGUAUUGCAUUGAGACUUGAUACAAUGGUACUCAACCGUCCAACCUACUUAAUUAACCAAGUUAUAUAACUCUAGUUUGCAUUAAAUUCAAAUAAUGGCCCCUUUUUUGACAUAGAAAUUCUGGUUAAGGUUUUGCAUGUAACCACUUUUAAGUCAAUACCUCAGCGAAUACAUCAUGUAUUGCAUUGAAACUUUACACACAGGCUCCCAAAUAUUUAACUUUCUUCUUUUAAUUAAGUAAGAUAACUCUAUCUUUCAUAUUAUAUAAUUUUUGCCCCUUUAUUAUGCAACUUAGAAAUUCUAGUUAAGGUCUUGCAUGUUAGCACACAUUUGAUAAUAUCUCAGCAACUACUUGAUGUAUUGCAUUGAGACUUUAUACAAUGGUUUCAAUCACUCAACGUUAUUGCAUAACCAAAUAUAGAUAACUGUAUUUUGCAAAUAAUGGCCCUUUAUGUCUUAACUUUCUUGACUUAAAAAUUCUGGUUAAAAUUUUCCAUGUAACCACAUUUAUGUUAAUAUCUCAGCACAUUAUGUAUUGCAUUGAAAUUUAAUCUAACAGUGAUCCAUGCAAGUUUCGCCAAAACUUUUCAAUCCUAACACUGAAAAGCGGCGGAAUAGUUGAGCGCGCUGUCUCUGUGACAGCUCUUGUUUUAUUAUAUUGUUUGCAUUCAAACUGAACUGUUUAUAACAACUCCCAAUAUAGAUUAAUACAAUAUAUAUUGAUUCAUAUAGAAAAUUUACAUAUAUGUCUUACAAAAUUUUGUACAUUCCAAAAUAUAUUAUAAAACAAACGUAAGAAGUUUGUUCACUAAAGUUUUAUUGUGUAUUUGCUUGCAAUGCUUAUGCUAGAAAAUUAGUAAAUAGAGUAUUCUUAUAUUUGCAUUUUGAGGUUUUUAAUUUUGAAUCAUGUUUGGUCAACAUCACAAGUCAUUAUUUUUCAUCUGCUUAUGUAUCACAAGUAAGACAAUCAUGUAUUUUAUAAAAAAAUAAAUAAUAUUCUAACAGUGUAAUAUAUCUGAUUCAUUUAUCUUCUAUUUCAACAUGUAUUUUGUUUUGAAACCCUUUGGUUGGAUAUCGCUUGGCUCGGUUCCUCGUUGGCUUGGACUGGAUGUUGAGGACAGAUUUUGUUUUACUCUUUAUAAGGAUGUGCGCUUCGCUCGAUACUCGUGUGGCUUGUAGUAUUUUGUCUGGUCAAUGAGAUAUCGAGCCAAUGGGUUUCGACUGUAUAUAAUUAUUUAAACAAGUUGUUUAAUAAGUUUUUUAAUAAUUAUAUUAUUUACAUGAUAGAUUGGUUUAAAAGAAUGAAUUUAAUUUUAUAUAUUUGUAAAAUGCAGAUAAUUGUAUUCAUUUGUUUACAUGAUUAUUAUAUAUGAAUUGGGCUUUUAUAUAUUUGUAAAAUGCAGAUAAUGGGAUUCAUAUGUUUACAUUAAAGUUUAAAUAGAAUGGACUUUUAUAUAUUUGUAAAAUGCAGACAAUUGCAUUGUUUUAACCAUGUGCCAUAAGUCAUGUUUUUCCUCGGUUAUUCAUUGGUGACAUAUGAGAAUACAUAUUAUUUUAUGGUGUAAGGUACUAUUGUAUUUUUGACUGAAAUACUCCACACCUUAACACAUCAUAUUUUUCACUUGUCUUUAAUUUUAUACUCAAAUAUUUAAAAAAUUUGCAUUAUUCAUAUUUGUUUUACACUUUUUAUAAAAUAUAUUCAAGAAUUAAGGGAUUGAUUGUACACAUUAGAUUGUACACAUAUUUUGGGUAUUCUUUUAAAGUGACUCGCUCAUGUUUUUGGACCAAAAGUUAGUUUUCCCGGUAAUGCAUCUGAAAACACUUAUUUUAUCAUUAUUUUACUCUAUGAUAUCGAAAUUGCAGAAAAAAAGAGUUAUAGCAUAAAAAAAGUAUUUUGGUUUUAGUGGGGUUCCAACCCAUGCCAGUAAAGUCAAGAAAAAAACUAGAAAACAGCCGGCUAGUCCACACAGCCACCGGGACUUUAACAAAAGUGGUGGAUAUGUUGACGAAAAAACAGUUAAGGAUACAUUUAUAACAUCACGUGAUAAUGUCAAUCAACCAAUCAUAAAAACACCACAGCCGUAAUUAAUUUUCUUCAAAGACGAUAUGUGAGCAAAUAUCAACAGUUGCUGAAGGGUUCCAGCUUUUGGUAUAUUUGUUUUAACACUCCUUAUGAUUUGCCUCACUUUAUUGUGUAAUUAAAAAAAAUGCAUUUUACAAACCAUGAGUGAGUCACUUUAAAUAUUUGAAAAAGUAUUAAAUACCAAGCCCUGUCUUUAGGUGUUGUGAAAUAUUAUGAUUGAUAAAAUUACGCCCAGGGAUGUCAUUCAAUAUGCGACUUAAGUCAAUCCUAUGGUCAUACAUCAUUGACUUCAUUCACUGUAUAGGUCAGUUAUUUAUAACAGCAAAUCCGAUUGACUACAUCAUUCUUAGUUCCAAAUAUGACAAAUAUUGAAAACGCACCCCGACAUCCUGUUGGUUAAUCAAUUCAUGCCCCCCCGGACAUUUUUUAAAAUUUUACAUUGUUACACACAUGUUCCAUUACAUGUACAAUAUAUGUGUAGGUUUUUUAUGUGUACUUUUUAUUCUGUUUUUGUUUCAUCACUAUAUGUGUAGAUUUCAAAGCAUAUGAAGGUUGUAAGAAAUAAAAAAAAACAUGGAAACAUUUAAGACAUUCUCGUACACUAGAGCGAUUAUGCUAUUCCCUAAUUUCAUCAUUAUCAAUAUCAGAUGAAGCAGAUGAUUUUAGAACAAUAAUGAUAUUUUUACCAAAAUAUAAGUUUACUUAGAGUUCUGAUUAUAACUUUGUGUCUUUGAUAAAUCAAUUAAAGAAUGUGUGUAUGAUUUAAUAUGGAAGAAAUUUAAUGCUUAGAUGCAAUUUUGUGUGUAGAAAUAAAAUAGCAUUCUCAUUCAUUAAAGGUUUAAUAACAAUAAAUCUAUUAACUAAAUGUAUGGUACGCAUAGCAUCAUCACUCUGGUGAACGAGAAUGUAAAAUAGUCAAUCUGGAUGGUUAUUAAAGCUGCACUAGCUCUCACAGAUAUACCUUUUUUACAAUUUUUUUUUUAUUUUUAGUCUUUAAAAGAGCAGAUUUUUGCGUAAAUAUCUGCAAACCAAUGAUAAAAGAUCAGGUCGCAGAUUUUCAUAUUUCCGUUCGAAAAAUCUGUGAUCUAAUUUUUUGACAGCAGUCUUAUAUAACUGGUUUCCAUGCAUUUUCGCAAAAGAAUGGCUUGUUCCAAGACAAAAAAACCCAAAAAGUCAAAUGUUCAAUCUGUGAGAGCGCAGCUUUAACAUAAAGAUGACAUUGUAGUUUGCAAUUAAAGAUACCUACAUGUACCAACAUAGCAAAACCUGCGUGCAUAUUAUGUAAGCUAUAGUCAAGUGGAUCGUUUUGUAGUUUUGUACCGAUAUUUGUCAUUUCUGAGGUAUGUACGCCCAUCUUUUGAAAGGUGACAAAUUGCAUCCUUUAAUACAACAAAUAUUUCACCUGCUAUUUGCUUUUUUUGCUCUAUGCUAGCUUGACUGAUGUUUUACUGCUUUGACAUAAUUUAUGGUCACAAAAAGUUGCAUACACAACUUAAUGAUUAUGGAGUAUCUUUGUUUUUAUUUCUACUACAACAAUAUCCCUAUUAAUGUAAAAAGCUCCUUAAACAUGUUUGAACUUAUUUGAAAAUGUAUUUUUUAUGUUAAUAAUAAACUUUAAUAAUCCAUGAAAUGUGGGUACUUUUAUGUAAGAAACAUAGUUUUAGAAUAAGUUUUUUUGGAAUGACUAUGAUGAUCAGGGCUGGUGUAUUAAAGACAUUUUCA